ACCCACCCCUAACACAUCUCCGCCGUCCAUCCAAAUCUGAAACGAAUCUCUCUCUCUCUUCUCUCUCGCUCUGUCUCUGGAUGGAUGAACGAAGAUCGAAGAAAUGAAAUGGAGGGUGAAGUGUGAAGUGUGUGAAAUUGAAUUGUGAAUUGCGAAGGAGGAAGGAAGGUUUGAAGAAUGUCGGCGAAGGAGAAGCAAGUGGCGCAGAUCUUCGAGAGGAAGAGGUGGAUAAUCGAGCAGGCUCGUCAGCAGUACUUUGCGUGGGAGCACCACCUUUACCCCAACCUCAUCCUCCACGGAAUUCCCCCUCCUCCCUGGCUUUCCAACUACUCACUUCCCAAAGAUUUGAACAAGGAUGAUCUUGUCUCUGAAGUUCUAUUUUCUCAGCCACCGUUUGGGGUUCCUUUCUCUAGUCAUCGUUACAGUCUAUAUAGCAAUCUCGGUGUUGUAUCAGAGGCUGCUCUGUAUCAGAGUGGUUCACAGAAUGAAGUCCAUGCUCCGAGGGAAGACUAUAACAAAGGAGACAGGCUUUCAAAUUUGCUAGAUUGCUCUGUCAACAAUGAUGGAUGUGCCUCAAGUGGUCCUGCCGAACUGGAUUCUUGUGCGAUAUCUCCUCAGAAUCAAAUGGAACCAAGAGUUUCAGAUAGUUACCUUGACCCAGCUUUGUCACUGGCAAAGUUACAAAGAUCUAAAUCAAGGCAGAGGGCUCUCGAGCUACGUACCAGUGCUCAACCACCCAAACGCAGGUCAGAAGAUGAUAACAAUGCUAGCAUCUGUGCUGGGACAGUUACAGGUUCUGGAUUUCCAAGAGUACAGGCAGACGGUAGUGAGGAGCCAGAAUUGAUCAAGGAUUUUAAUUCCAACAUCCAAGGUUGUUCCACCAAAGAAGUAAGAAGUUACCGUCAGACUCAAACAAGUGACAAGCAUAAUUUCUCUCGUCGAAUAACAAGAUCUACGAGCAUAGCUCAGAAAUCUAACUCUUUCAAUGUUGCUAACUCUUCGAUUAUGAAGGCAGAUGGUGCACCUAAUAAAUUGGGUGAGCCAUUGGAGCUAGUUGACCAACCUUUAUUUACAAAUGAAAGAUGUGAAGCUAAGGAAAUAAUCCAACAAGAGCAUCAAAUGAAGGAAGCUAGAAGCAGUGCUUAUCAUACAACAAAAUCCAGAAGUUCCAGACAGUCAAGAUACAAUAGUGAAAUCAUGAAGAUUGACAGCACCAUAGACAGAGGCAAAGGAGUCGAAGUUCAUGGUUUGAUGCAAUCAUUAGCUCCCGUUGAGUUAACCAAUUUAAGCAAAUCGUCUGAUCACAACAAUGGAGGUAGGACAAAUAUAGUCGAAGAUGGCAAUUUUUGCAAUAAUAAAGAAAGCCAAAGUUGUGCUAGGAUAGAUUCACUUAGAAAUUCCACUUCAUCACCCUCUGAUGACCUUUUGAUGACUGGUUGUCAGGGCAAUUCUAUUAAUAAGUCAGUGCAAUCAUUUCAACCUUUAGUUUCACAGCAUUCACAAGAUUGUGCAGUGUCUGUUGUUGGUGCCUUGUGUAGUCAAAAGGAUCCUGACUUUUGUGUUGUAAAAUCAAAAGAAAGUUUGAGCAGAAGUGGUAGUGGAAUGGUAAACCUAACCACAGAUUCAAAGUCACAGAAUCACAUUGAAGAUAUAUCAAAGCCUCUUAGCUCAAACUUUCGUAACCAAAUUGGCAACUGCUCUGAGUUUGCUGGUGAGAAGUCUCAGAAUCAACAGCUUCCUGAACUAGAUGCUAGAAGGUUGUCUUCUAGUGACAAGGAUUCUGUUUCCAAUGCAGAAAUGAUCAUGAAUCCUGCAGAGAAAGAGAAUAUUGAAUCUGCUUCUGGAAAUACAACAGAUGUGACUACUUUUGCAGCUGAAGGAUUUUCAAGACCUGUGGGUGCUUCCAAUUUAGAUGGUGGGUCUUUACUUGUCAAGUCCCUAUACUGUGAAACAGCUGUGGCUGGGAAAAUUUUGGAUGGCCAAGAAAUUGUACCAUCUGGUGCCAUUCCCAAUGGAGAUAUCAAGGACAGAUCAAAUGCAACUUUUGUCAAAGUUUAUGCUGAUUUGGAUGGCUUAGUUGGAAAAGAUCCUUCUUGUUUAGGCACUAGAGUCACUGUUGUUAGCCCUGGGGCUGGGAUGGAUGUUUCGGUCUUGGGGGUGCCUUCUGGUACUGUUAUGUUGCCCAAGCAACUUAAAUUUGAUCAUGUAGAAGAGUCAAGUAUGAAAGGAAUUUCUAGUCCUGAUACUGAAGAAGGACAGAAGGAUAUGUCACCAGAAGAACCUCAGAAUUUGUUGGAACCAGUGAAUGAGCUUGAUGACAAAAUUUCUCCUGGUUGCCAAGUUAACUGUAAAUCUUUGGAGAAGAUGCAUGUGCUGGAAACAGAGGAAACUCUGAUCAGAGAAGGGCCUCAGAUGGAAUACUGUGCAAGCCACUUUGAGGAGGCAGAUGUAGCUAGGAAAGCAAAGAAUGUUGUGUCACCAAAGAAAAAGUUAACUGUAGUUCAGCAGGAAUCCUGCAUUCUUACUUCUUCCUUGAUGAAUUCUUCAAGUCCUUUGAAAGUUGCCUGUCAAAAUUCAUCAGGAAAUUUGUCAAAGGAAGUUAAGGCAUCAAAAUCUGGUUCUGUAAGAAGUAAACUGGAAUUUGAUGAAAGUGAUGUUGAGUUGGGUGAUUCUUUUUCUGCAGUUGAUACUGGAGAUAUUCUGCAUAAAUACACAGAUGAAACAGUUUCAAACUUUACAGUUGGGAUGUCAUCUCCUGCUCUUAUAGACCAAGUGAUUGUUGAGGCCCCAAACAACAUUUCCUUAAGCAAAAAAGUUGACUUAUUGAGGCAGAAACGGCUCAGCGAUGGAAAGAAUACUAUUUCAACUGAGCUCCAGAUUUUUAAAUCUUCCGAAGAGAGUUAUGAUGUGAAUCAUUUGUGCUCUCAGCAUAAAAGAAGAAAGAUGGAAAUUGAAGGAGUGGAGUUUCUACCUUCCUCUUCAAAGUUUCUUGAAAAGCCACUUAAUUCUAUUGACCAAAAGUCUGUAGGUAGAGACCUGAGUACUGAAGAAGAUAAUCCUGAAGCUUUCCAAGAUCAGCAUUUGACAUUUGAUCAGGAGGAUGGUACAGGACGUCCAUAUGUUUGUAACAGCCUAUCAGAAGAGUUGCAAUGUACCCAGCCCUGUGAAACAAUGAAAGGGUCCUCAGUUAAAGUGAGCAUAGCAGAGAAACUUCUUUUUGAUGGAAGGCACAGAAGCACAGAGAAACUUAUUUUGGAAGAUAAGAGGGAUGAUUCAUGGCAUCCUCCGUUAAAUGGUGGACAGGAAAGUGCCCAACGUCUAACCUGUGUUGAAGAUGGCACCUCGGAAGGAAGAAUUUAUCUGGAAGGAAAUGCUAGGUUCUCAAAUGUUUAUUCUGUUUCUCCAGCGAUCGAAUGCGCGGAUUUGAUUGACGCAGAUGUUACUGUACCAGAGUUUGAUGGGUUCAUUAUGCCGACCGAUAAUAUACAGCCAUGUACUACUGGAGAUCAGAUAGAAUUCGAGAAAAUGAAUCCACUGAGCAACUCGGUAGAUUAUUCGUCCCUUGGUAAAUCCAGAUUCAUGCAUUCUCCAUUUUGUUAUUCUUCAACUCCUUGUAAGCUAGAUACUAUACUAGGCCUUUGUCGGUCUUUACCUAAUGGCCUUUUGGAGGGGAUGAAUUUGAGGACUUCUCUUGCUCAAAACGAUGAGAGUUCAAGGGCCUUCUCUGAUUGCCUACCAAAUAGUAAGGUUCAAUACUCACCUUCAGUUCAAACUUUUUGGGAUAAAAUUAAUUCCUAUGGAAGUUCAGGGAAGCGCCAGAGUUUGAAACUGGAGCUUCCUUGCAUUAGUGAAGAAAAUGAAAAUGUUGAUGAGAUUGCUGAUACAUCCCAAAAGGGCAUUGGUUCAGAAGGAAUGACUAGCUCAAUUACACUGGAACCACUUGCUGAUAUUAUGGAUGGAGCAAAACCUUCUGCAUCAGCUUUACAAGAUGAUAUGUUAACCGCGGGAAGUAUAGAUUUUGUGGGCUCACAAGUGAAUGUCAGUGGUACUCAUAAUAAUGCAAGAAAGAAGCAAGAUAGCAAUAGGAAAAGAUUCACGGGUAAGGGGAAGGAGAACCAGAGUGUUUCUCUUGGAGCAAAUGGUGCCAAGAGAACUACAGAAUCAGUUAGCAAGACCAGUAGGCCGAAGUUAUCUGGAAAAGAUAGUUUGAAACAAGGUUCCACUUUCUCUAUAGGGAAGACUUCCUACAACAAUAUUGUCUCCAACGUCACUUCCUUCAUUCCAUUAGUUCAACAAAAACAAUCAGCAGCAGUUGCUACAGGCAAAAGGGAUGUCAAAGUCAAGGCCCUGGAGGCUGCUGAAGCUGCAAAACGUAUGGCCCAAAAGAAAGAGAAUGAACGCAAGAUGAAGAAGGAGGCAUUAAGAAUUGAGCGGGAAAAAUUGGAGCAACAUAACCAAAGGCAGCAAGAGCUGCAGAAGAAAAAGAAGGAGGAAGAACGGAAGAAAAAGGAAGCAGAAAUGGCAGCAAAGAAGAGACAGAGAGAAGAAGAAGGGAAAAAGGAAAAAGAAAGGAAAAGGAAGCGUGUUAAUGAUGCAAAGAAGCAACAUCAUGAGCAAGAGAAGAUACACGCUAAGAAAGAAGAUAAACAAGUACAAAUCCGAGCAGCAGGUGAACAAAUCCGAGAAAGCAAGAAACUUAUGGAUGAGAAAGAAAAUCAUCAGAAAUUGCAAAUGGACAUCAGUGAGGGUAAUUUGGAGCUUGUUUCUGAAAGUGAACCUUUGAAUACCAGGAAUUCGACAAAUGAUAAAAUAAAAGAAUGCUGUCCUGCAUAUUCUGAAGCUAUGAAUGGUGAUAAUAAAGAAAAGGUGACGAGCAAUUUUAUCAAAGCAUCUGAAGAUGAUGCCUUCAUCAACGAACACCCAUUUCAAGAGCAAUCAUAUGAUAUCUCUCCUUAUAAAGAAUCAGAUGAUGAAGAUGAAGAUGAGGAUGACAAACCAAAUAAUAAGUUUAUUCCUUCAUGGGCAAGUAAGCAUCGCUUGUCUCUAGCUGCUUCUUCCCAGAAAAUGGACCCGGAAACGAUAUUUCCCCAGCGAAGUUUUUGUAAUAUAGCAGAAGUACUCCUUCCACGGAAGUUUCAGUCGUAUUAGCAAUUUAUUGAAAAUGCAUUCCAGAUGUAGCGAUUCUUCAACUCAUAAUUAUGGAUUUUUGUUGAGGGUUUCGAAGAGCUUCAUUGAGCAUAAAGUUGUAGCAGCUAAUGAUUUCUUCCAUACCUUUUCAUCUGUUGAGUAAAGAUUAAAGAUUGCCUACGGAAGAUAGUACUUUUGUACAGUUUCAUCGAUCUGUAUAUAUUAGUGAAAUUUGUAACUUUUGCAGAGUUGCUGUCAGUAGCAACAAUUUUUUAGCAUAAAAAUGCUAAUAUUUGAUAAUUAAA